ACUGUCAGAGGUGACUUCCACGGCACUGGGGAACUGGACUGAUGCUGCCUGGAGGCAUGAAAGUUUGCUUCCCAUGAACUGAGACUGUAAAUGAGCAGUUCAUUAUAACAAGCACCGUAUACCUCCAGUACUCUCUCUUACAAGAACUUACAAGAUACUGACCCAGUAAAAAGCUGCUCUGGAACUUUGCAAAGUUGAGGAUUGUGUGAAAAAAGUGUUGACUUUCUUCAUCAGGUUUCUUCUCUCAAGAAGAAGGCAAUUUGGAUAUGACAAUGCAGGUCAAGUUUGCUCUUUUUAGGUUUUUAAAGGGCUUUUAGAAAACAGCAAGGAUCUGAGGCUGACAAUGCUAAUCAGGGAAUGAGGACUUUGAUCCAGGGAAGCCCAGUGGAGAUUCAAGUCGAAACUGAGCCGUCUCCAAAAUACAGCAAUGCAGAAUUCCAAAAAGACAAAAAUGUGAAUUGCCAUUGGAUAAAAGGCUGGAUUCAGAUUUUCCACUGCUGCAAUGUAUGUCAUCUUUUGGAAGAGAAACGUCACUGACAACACCUUUUUCUUCACAGUUUGAACAUAGUGCAUUUUAUGAAGAUUUUAUUAAUUUGAAUGUUUUGAACAAAAGAGUUCGCAAUGAUACUCAAAUUUCAGUGAACUAUUUAUGCUCUAAACCUUGUUUAGUUACUGUAGAAGCUAUAGCUUCAUUUGAAUUUAGAACUGCUGUGUCGGUGUAUAAAAAGAGGUGGGAAAAUGGCAAGCCCCUUCACACCAUUGUGAACAAAACUGUGAACUUGACGUUUCCAAGCAGUAUGGUUUUCAGAGAUGAUUACAUCAUCAGACAUUCCUUGAUAGUACACACAGUGAUACUGCAUGCAUGGAUCAUUCACAAACAAACAGACAUCCACCAUACUAAACAAAGGGAAGCGUACCUGCAAGCUAUUGCAAAGGACUAUGCUUUGCUGGAAACUGUUCCGCCUUUUGAACGGCCCUACAAGGAACACAACGUGUGUUUGAAGUGGAGCUUGGAAUACACGUGGAGACUCCAGGCAAACCGAAUACCUUGGUGUCUGCACGAGCAUGACAUGGUUGAGCUCCUCACUUUUCCCUAUGCAUCCAGUGGAGAGAUGGCAGGACUUGUGAAGACUUUUCAGAGAUUUAAAAACAGAGACCUUGAAGCAAUCAGAAAGUAUCAUAUUAGUUACCCUGCCUUUACUAUUUCAGUCUGGCUUUAUUUACUUCGUUACUGCAAACAAUCCUUGUGUGGAAUAUUUUAUUUCAUUGAUUCUGAAGAAAUGUAUGGCACUCCUGCUGUGUUUCUAACUGAUGAAGGUUAUGUUCACAUCCAGAUGCACCUUGUCAAAGGAGAAGAUACUGCUGUAAAAACAACCUUCCUCCUCCCACUGAAGCAGUGGUUUCGGUUUGACCUCUCUGUUAAUGGAGGACAGAUUGAAAUAACCACUGUUGGAAAGAAUCUGGAAAGUCAUCAGCGUCAAACUUUCAACUUUAGAGAAGAUUUCUAUUUUGAUGACACUUCUGGAUACUUGGCUUUGGGAGGCAGCACAUACUCAUCAGGUAUUGAAGGAUACUUUGGACCGGCAAAAUACUAUCGGCUUAACGGCUUAGAUACUGGAAAGAUUUCAAAUCCGUUCUUCCACAAAGAUAUUUUGGAAAGAAUUGACCUGCACCAUCAAAAAUGUGUAGACACACAAAGCAGAACAUCCAAACACAGAAUCUCACUGAAACAAGCUGAAGCAGCGGGGAAGUGCCUUCGUGAAAACUAUUAUCUAGAAAUGAGCAACAAAUAUGGAGGAAACCUCAAAUGCAUUGCCUUCAGCUGGGCAAAAGAACUAAGGGAAAAAUACCACAGCGUGUUCAGACAGCUUGAAGAGGUGGAUCAACAUUUGCUAGAAAUACCCAAAGGCCAAAAGGACAUGGUGUUAGAAAUUGGACACAGGUUAUAUGAAACAGCUGCUCAAAACCUUUCCAGAGCUGAUGGCCUACAUUAUAUAAACUCUUCUGUGUUGUUACUGAUGGAUUCCAGCUGUUGUGGAUAUCACAAAGCUUCCUAUGCUCUUGGUGUUAUCUUUGAAAUAGGACUGGGCAUGCCUGCAGACCCAGCUAAGGGACUGCUCUAUAGUUUGGUUGCAGCUCAGGGAGGUGAUAGGCUGGCCUUGAUGAACCUUGGAUAUAAGCACUACCAGGGUGUUAACGGUUACCCACAAGAUCUGGAAUUGGCCUAUGCUUACUACAGUGAUGUUGCUGUAAAGACACCCCGUGAUCAACAUGCUAUCGAUAGAAAUCAGGCAUUUGUAGAAGAAAUAAGACUUAAGGAUGAAGAAUUACUGAAAGUACAAACCAAGGAAAAUGGUGGCAUCUUUAUGUGGUUGAAACAUGAAGCAGUAAGAGGAGAUGUAGCUGCCCAGCAACGUCUUGGACAGAUGCUUUUCUGGGGCCAGCAAGGUGUGGAAAAAAAUCUCGAAGCGGCUGUGAAGUGGUAUGCAAAGGGUGCCUUGGAAACUGGAGACCUAAUAUCCAUAUAUGAUUAUUCCAUUGUUUUAUUCAAAGGUCAAGGUGUGAAAAAGAACAGGAGAUUAGCUCUACAUCUGAUGAGAAAAGCUGCAUCAAAGGGACUGCCUCAGGCAGUGAAUGGCCUAGGCUGGUAUUAUCAUAACUUUAAAAAGGACUAUGCAAAGGCAGCUAAGUACUGGUUAAAAGCUGAAGCUAUGGGCAAUCCUGAUGCAUCCUUCAAUCUUGGUGUCCUGUACUUAGAUGGAAUUUAUCCAGGAGUAACUGGUAGAAACCAUACUAUUGCUUCAGAGUAUUUCCAUAAAGCAGCAGAAAGUGGACACAUGGAAGGGAUGUUGCGAUGUUCUCAAUAUUAUAUUACAGGGAAUUUGCCAAGCUUUCCCAAGGAUCCUGAAAAGGCAGUAAUCUGGGCAAAAUAUGUGGCAGAAAAGAAUGGCUACUUAGGCCAUGUCAUCCGGAAAGCGCUCAAUUCAUAUCUGGAAUUGUCUUGGCAUGAAGCCCUGCUGUAUUACAUUCUUUCUGCAGAGACCGGAAUUGAGGUCUCGCAGACAAAUCUUGCACAUCUCUGUGAAGAAAGACCAAAUCUGGCAAAAAGAUACUUGGCUACUGACUGUGCUUGGAGAUAUUAUAAUUUUGCAGUUUCUCAAAGCUAUGCUCCCUCAUUUGCUUAUUUGAAGGUGGGAGACUUCUACUAUUAUGGAUAUUGGAACCAAUCCAAGAACUUGGAUAGGUCGAUACAAAUGUAUGCACAAGCAGCAUUAGAUGGAGAUGCACAGGGGUUCUUUAAUUUGGCCCUUCUUCUGGAAGAAGGUUAUUCCAUCCCUGCACAUAUUUUAGAUCUCUUAAACAUUGACAAGGCCAUCCACUCCAAUUAUAGGACCCUUUGUCGGGAGCUUUAUGAAAGGUGUUGGAAUCAUAGCAAAGAAAAAUCAGUUAGUCCAUGCACAUUAGCUUUGCUUUACUUUCACCUGAGAAUGUUUGGGGAGAAUAUGUUGCAGUCUACUCUGAUUUAUUUCUUGGGCUCCUUGUUUAUCUCUGCAUUAGUUGUAUUUGUGAUACAGCGCUUUCAGGCUCUGUCGGCAGUUGUUUGGCCUGAACAGGCCCGAGUGGAACAUUCUCCCACAAAUGAAACUACUAAUGAGACCCAACCGGCAGAAAAUGGAGCACCUACUGUUACAGACGAUACAGAAGAGCAUGGCGUCAAUCCACAGCAUCCCUUCUCUAGUGGCUGAGACCUAAUUUCCGCAACACUUGCUGCCUCCAGAAGAUCACACAUUCCCCUUCCAAGCCAGUUGCAAAAUGCCCCCUCUUUGUUGGGACUCCGGAUGCAGGACCUGAUGCCCUGAAGUCUCCUGUGUUUCCCCUGAAGGAGCUUGGUGCAGCCUUGAGGGCUAGUCAGAUUUACUGACUUGAUUAAGAAGGGCCUUCUAAUCCCAGGAAGGGACAUGUAGAAAGCCAGAUACUUGAUUUUCAAAAAUUCAGAAACGGUGGUGGAAACCUGGAUCAUAAUCAGUUUUUAUCAGUUAGAGCUUACCAUUUGGAAAGGGAUUUGUGUUCCUUCAAAAUGAAAUAGUUCUUUCUGUUCCAUAAGGAGCACUGGUUGGCUAAUUUUGGAGAAUAAGGAUUUACCCAGACAGGUAGUUAACACGUAUUGGAGCCUCGUUUGAAUCUUUCUGACUGGGUGUUUCCACAUAGAGGACUCCUAGCUCUCCCAAUCAUCUAGUCUUCUUUUGCUGCAUAACAAAUUUAAUUUCUUUUUUAAAAGGAUGAAAGAAGCCACCCUCAUUUCAGUUUUCACCCUCUGCCAUCUGCAGAAUGGGAUUGAUGAUGGUGAUAAGGUUUUCCUAAUUUACAGGGCCAUUUUAAUUAUUAUGAAGAUAGUUUGUGUGGAUCACUUUUAAUGUGUAAAUAGUGCUGUAGAGAAUGUUCAGUGCCAUUAGCAGGGAGGAUCUCCUGCGCUGUCCUGGAACUUGGCCCUAAAGCUGCCGCUCAUAUCUCCAGCCAGGCAAAGGUUCACUCUCCGGCAUCAGGUGUUGUGAGAAGUUCGUAGUCUGUCUGCAACCGAUUUCCAGAUAAACUUGCCUUGCUCUGCAGUUGUUAAUAAAAGUAUUUUUCUAUUGCUCUCA